UAAAAAUAUUCAUCUAACUUAUAACCUAGGACUUGUAUUGACCUAGUUGUCGUCGUUGCUUGCUUAUAACUGGUUGUUCAGAAUCUCUAUUUCGUGUCACUCCUUUGAGAUUCUGGCCUUGGAAGGAUUUUCCAAACAAGUAGCUACUUUUUUUAAAAAAAACUAGUAGCUACUUUGUCAAUUAUAUAAUGGAUUUGAUAAGCGAGUUGCCAGAAGCGCUGCUCUUGAGUAUAUUGUCGCUAUUGCCUGCGCAAGAUGUUGCGUCAACGAUGCUUUUGUCUAAACGAUGGCGGUUUCUUUGGACAUCCGUGCCAAGACUUGAAUAUGAUGACAGCUACCAGAGUAUUGCAUACAGAAGGUUUUCCCGUUUCGUAGACAGGUUUUUGUUUCUUCACGAAGGUCCUGUGAUAGAGACUUUGCAUUUUAAACUUGGUAAAACCUGUGGUGGUGAAGAUAUCCGAGUGUGGAUUAGAGCUGCAGAUAAAUGCUGUGUGCGUGAGUUGAUUUUCGAAAUCGACGCGUCGUCUAAUGAUUCUCCACCCAUAGUACUUCCAAGUAGUUUGUACACAGGGUGUAGAAUGCUUGUGACUUUGAAACUAAAUAAAGUGAUCCUUGAAGAUACUUCUUCCUCUAUUGCUUUCCCAUCUCUUAAAAAUUUGAGCCUUGUAUCUGUGGAGUACCCUGGUGAUGAAUUUGUUAGUAGUCUUUUAUCAAGUUGUCAUGUUCUUGAAGACUUGCACGUGGAACAAUGUUCAUCUGACAACGUGACUAUUUUCAACGUUAGAGUUCCUUCUCUAAAGAGUUUGGUCUUGCAUGCAUUAGCUGAUGAUGAUGAUGAUGAUGAUGAAUAUGGGUUUGUGAUAGAUACUCCUUCAUUGGAGUGGUUGGACAUUGUAGAUUACAGGGAAGGGUUUUGCAUCAUUGAGAAUGGCAUGCCUAAGAUUAUGACGGCAAGUUUUGACGUCAAUUAUUCCCAUUCUGGGGAGAUUAUGCGUACUAUUACUUCAGUCAAGCGUCUCGAUUUAUGUUUAUCAACUUCAUCAAAGGUACCUGUUCUUUACUUGCAUGCUAUUGUUAUACGUAUUCCUAUAGCGACUUCUCUUAUGGUCAAAUCUCUUGUAUAUAUGCAGAAUGCGUAUCCAUCUGGUAGCGUCUUCUGCUGUCUUGCACAUUUAAAGAUAUGCACAUGUCAGACAGAGUGGUUGGAACUACUUAUGUGUAUGCUCAGAUAUUCCCCUAAACUACAAUCUCUCAGACUCAAACAGUACCAUGAAAUUGAGGCUUGUAACCCGCGUCCCUGUUGGACUGAACCGAACUCAGUUCCUGAUUGUCUGGUAUCGAGUCUUGAAGCUCUUGAAUGGGUAGGAUAUGAAGGAACAGAAGAAGAAAAAGAAGUAGUGGCAUUCAUCCUAAGAAGCGCAAAAUGUUUAGAGAGAGUAACCAUCUACUCUAGUUCUAAAGACCCUUGCAAGAAACUUGAACUUGUUAAAGAGUUGUCGUUUCUGCCAAGGUGUUCAAGUUCAUGUAAUUUUCUAUUUGACUGAAGUUUAGGUAUGUUUUUGUGUGUGUUUGGUUGCAUAAUCUUUGAAAUGUUGAAAGUUUAUGUUUUAGCUCUUUGUAUUUUCUCAACUAUACUAUUCCUGCAUACUCUAUCAGGCUUGAAAUAAUGAUUACUUA